AUGUCAACAGUCUCGGAAGCAGUCCAAAGAGUCCAAGCCGCCGUCACAGAAGACGCGUCCGGUGAUCCAGUUGCUCACACCAAGCUGCUCAAAGAGAUCAACCUCUUGCGAGAUGCCGCCGAAACGCCAGCCGAUCGUCUGAUGCGAAUGCGAUUUCACUAUCUUGAGAACCUCUGUAAUCGAGUAGCUAUCGAGCUCGGCGUGCUGCAAGCCAUAGCCGCGAAGAAGGGUCGAUCAGUCACCGCGGCUGAGCUCGCCGAACAGACUGGUGCAGAUGAGGUGUUCAUUGUCAGAAUUAUGAGGCUGGUCUCGUAUACUCGUGUCGUCGACGAGACCGGACCAGCGGCUUAUGCGAGCAAUGCCACAACAGAGUUGAUCACCAGUGCAGGCGGCAUUGGCGGAGAGAAACACCAUACAGACCUGGGUUUUACGACAGGCAGCAGACUGAUCGAGAUGAUCCGCAAGGGCAAGCUAUGUCAAUUCCCAGACAAGCCUGGAGAAGUCAGUCCCUUCGAGUUUGCCUAUGGAAGUCCACUGUUCGAAUACUUCCAGCACGACAAGGAGCAGAAGGAGGCUUUCGACGAUUACAUGGCGAUCCGCAGGUCGGUGACGGCACCACAGUGGUUCGAGACGUAUCCAGCCAGAGAGGAGCUCAAGGCCAACAAACUGAAGAUUGACAAGGGCGCUGCGUUGAUCGUUGACGUUGGUGGCGGAAUAGGACACGAGGUUGCCAAGUUCAGGGAAAAGCAUUCAGACCUGCCAGGAAGGUUCGUUCUGGAAGACUUGCUGCAGACAUUUGAGAAAGCUACAGCUCCAGAGGGCGUUGAGGUCAUCCCUCAUGACUUCUUCAAAGAGCAGCCUGUGAAAGGUGCUCGAAUCUACUACUUGAGGCAGGUCAUGCACGAUUGGUCCGACAAGAAUUGCAACCUGAUCCUGUCGAAUAUUGUCAAAGCAAUGGAUCCAGACUAUUCUCAUAUCCUCAUCGACGACUAUAUCCUUCCUGACACCGGUGCUGAUCGUCGAGCUGCGGCUCUGGACUUCCUCAUGUUCAUGUAUGCUUCGGGGAUGGAACGCAGCUCGCAGCAAUGGUAUACGUUGCUCGAGAGCGCUGGACUUGAGAUCGUAAAAAUCUGGCCGGCGAAGGCGGGUUUGGAAGGUGUCAUCGAGGCCAGAGUGAAGUCUGGGUAG